AUGUCUGGUCCAGGUGAAGACGGAUUACCAAGUUACGAAGAUGUGUUGAAAGAGGAAGAGAGACUGCAACAGAAUCAACGGCCCCAGCAUGGACAGGACUUGCCACCAAGUUAUAGCAGACCACCACAGAGACCGCCGAGUGAUACUAAGCAAAGACCAACCGAACCCCCUAGACCUAGUUCAAAGCCAUCUAAAUUGCCAAGUAGGCCAGGUGUUAAACCAGCUAAUACGAAACCAGCCAAACCAGCCAAACCAGCUUCAAAGCCCACGCCGAGUGUCCAACCUAAACCAUCUAAUAUACCAUGGGUCUAUCCAAAGGGUUAUUAUUGUGAGAAGUGUCGGAAUACAGGGUACAAAAUAAAAAAUGGUAAAUCAUGUAAGCGUUGUUGGAGGCAGUUUGCCACUCGAAACAGUGCUACACCUAUGGGAGGUCCAACAGUUGUAACAACACCGAACACUUAUUACUCUGGCCUGCCGUUUGGUGACUAUUUGCAUCCGUUUUCACAGCCAACAUAUCAGUAUGGUGCUCCCCCAAUGCAAAUAGGAGGACAAGCACCUAUAUAUGUACGACCAGGUGAUCCAAGAUUAGGCGGAGUAGUAUGUGGUGAAUGUAGAGGUACCGGUAGAGUUCGGUUCUUUUUAGAUGAGGAUCUCUGUCCAUUAUGCAAUGGUGUGGGAAGAAUAGUUCGCUAA